AUGGAGACGUUUCUGCGCAAUUGGCGCCAGAACGCCCUCGAUAGACACCAGUACGAUUCCGCCAUCUUCGUUGGCGACAAGCUGUUGGCCUUGACCAACUCGGACCAGGACGCAUUCGCUCUCGCCCAGACUCAUUUUGCAGCCAGCAACUACACUCGCGCAUUAGCUUUCGUCUCUCGAUCAGACCUCAUACAUCGGAAGCCUGCAGCACGAUACUUAGCAGCGCACUGCUAUAUCAAGCAGAACAGGCAUGAAGAUGCACUGGCGAUUCUUGGAGAGAAGAAUCCAAUACAUUUGGCAACAACUACGGACGCUGCACGGCGGAAAUUGCAACAUAUGAGCAAUGGCUUGUCGAGCAAGCAGCAGGGCAAGUCUAGACUCCCAAGUCGGACGGAGAGGGUGGAUCGUAGUGAAGAGCGAGGAGGAGAAGAUGCUGCAAACCUGAAAUACGAAGCAGGCAUGUGCUACCUGCGAGGACUCUGCUAUGCCAAGCAAAACGCCUUCGACCGAGCAAAGGAGUGCUACAAAGACGCCGUACGGAUAGACGUGCAAUGCUUCGAGGCCUUCGAUCAGCUGGUCAAGAAUUCUCUCAUGAGUCCGGGUGAAGAAUGGGACUUCUUGGAUAGCCUCAACUUCGACACAAUUCAACCAGAACCCUCUGAAACAGCAUCGCCAGAAGCAGCCGACUUUACGCGGAAUCUGUACACGACACGACUGUCAAAGUAUGCGCGACCAGACGCCUUUCAAACUUCGAUCGAGACUUUGUCGACACACUACCGGCUAUCGCAAAACCCGGAUAUCUUGCUCGCGAAAGCUGAGCAGCAUUUUACUGAUUCGCGGUUCCAACAAGCCGUCGAUCUCACAAAUCAGAUCCUCGAAGCAGAUCCCUAUAACUUCGCGGCUAUACCACUACAUCUGGCACUGCUCAGUCAGCUGAACCACACGCAUGCAUUGUUCUCACUUUCACACGAUCUGGCCGAUACGCAUCCAAAUGAGCCUUGCACUUGGCUGGCAGUUGGUACCUACUAUCUAGCCACAAAUCGGAUACCAGAGGCACGAUCAUACUUCUCAAAGGCCAGUUUGAUGGAUCCACAUUUCGGCGCAGCUUGGAUCGGCUUCGCGCAUACCUUUGCAGCUGAAGGAGAGAGUGAUCAAGCAAUUGCAGCAUACAGCACAGCAGCACGGCUGUUCCAAGGUACUCAUCUCCCGCAGCUCUUCCUCGGCAUGCAGGAGAUAGCACUUGGCAAUCUGACCAUUGCGAGAGAAUAUCUAACAGCAGCAUUCCAACUCUGCGAUAGAGAUCCACUACUCAUCAAUGAGAUUGGCGUUAUUGCAUACAUGGAAGAGAGCUACGAGAGCGCAGCUAGGCACUUCGACCUCGCGCUCCAAAUCGCUGCUAGCAACAACGCACCUCCUACCCAGUACACCAGCACCCGACUCAACCUGGCGCAUGCGCUGCGUAAAGCGGGAGACUUCGAGAGGUCGCUAGAAGAGUUUGACGAGGUCAUACGUCAAGGCAUGCGAGAAGCAGGUGUGUUUGCGUCCAAGGGCCUCGUUCUGCUGGAGUUAGAUCGGGCCUUCGAUGCGACCGUAGCGUUGCAUGAAGCACUCGCUAUCAGUCCACAAGACCCGAUAGCCAGCGACUUGCUCGGUCGGGCGCUCUCACAGCUUGAGAAUGUCGGUGUUUUGGGCGGUGCGGACGAAGAAGAGCUGGACAGUCGCCUGGAAGCCAACCUGUCGCAGAUCAGAAGCUCCCGAGGUGCUCCCCAGCGGCGGCGCGCGAUUCGACAACCUGGAGACGACAUGGAUCUGGAUGGUGUGAGCGAAGGCGGUGAAGACGUGUAUCAGCAGCAUAUACCUUAG